GGACAGGGUGCUUGUGACUUCAUUCAAUCAUUGGAUGCUACUAGUAGUCAUCCAGAUAAAAGUGUUAUUUCUCAGUCUACAUUGACCAACUGUCAUGACAGUAGCCCCUCAAGCAGUGACUUAGUUGAGGAUGGGGAUUUCAGCCAACAAGGGAUGGAUGUUGUGUCACAUGUAGUGAACAGUUCUGAACAUCCUCAAAAGUUGGGGGCAAUGUUUGAAAUUUCUAAGAGAGAUAAAGUGAAGCUGAUGGAUUUUCAGGCCCAAGAAGAGACGCCAGAUGAGCCUAUGCGAAAGCAUUGUAAACGGCAACGACAUGAGGCUCCAGAAAUUGAUGGUUUCAUCCUUGAUUCAACAAGUUAUUGUUCUGACAUGCCACAGUCAAAAUCAGGAGACCCUACAACUACGAAGGCACUCCGGGCGUCUACUAUAACAUCUGAGGUUUUGAUUCAUCAAAGGCAAGUGGAGUUUUUGUCAGAGAUUUCUUUUGCCAGAGCUUCUUUGUCAGAAGGUUCUACUUACUACCACAAUGAUUUUGCCUUGCCUACGACCACAGUGGCCCUGACAGAUAAUUGUUUGAAGGGAACGGUCGUAUGUCAAAUUUUAGGGUUUAAUGUUAAGGGCUGGUGUGGACGGCUUGUGUUUUCCCCAUCUCGAUGCCUGAUAUUUCCUGCUCCUAAGCCUUUCUUUUGUUGUGUUUUCCCUGCAUUUGAUCCCAUUUUUGUCCCUCAAGAUGUCGACACAUUUGAUGCUGAAGCACCAAACAUUGCAAUGCCGAGUCUGUCACCUGCUCAAUCUAACAAAUCAUCUUUGCUUACUCCUCCUGGUCAGCCUUUAGGUUCUUCUCUUUCGGGGCCAUCAGGUCUCAGCCCUCCUUCCAAAAUUUUACAAGGAAACAUCAUGACAAAUUCAAUUGUUGAGGUAUUCAAGCAGGCUGCAGUGCGCCUUCAAGAUGAUCUUCUCAAUGUUUUGAAGUCCAAGGAUUUUCAUGAUCAUGAGUCUAUGAUCCUAGAGGCCUGUUCUAUUUUUGGUGCUCUAGAUGCUCUGUUUGUUGAUUCUCAACCCUUUAAAGAACAAGUGGAGGAAUUUAUUGGUUGUGCAGCAUCACUUGCUAAAGUAGAAUUGUCUAUUAACAAUGACCGCUCUGCACAGGAGCUUGUUAUCAUGUACGAACGCAAAAAACGACAGUUGGAAGAUAUUUCUCGUCGUCAUGCUGAGACUCGGGCUGCUUUAGAAGCUUCUAAUGAGCACCAUCAAUCCCUUCAAAAAGAGGCCUCCCGUGUCAAGGAUGAGCUUUUACGUAUAGAGGAGCAAUUGUCUUCUUGUGAGGGUGAGAAGAUGAAGAUAGGGAAUCGCUUGGAUCAAAUCACUGACGACAUGUUGAAUUCUGAGGCAAGUUUACAAGUUGCAUUUGGUGAGGCAGAAGCUGCUAUGAAACUUUGUCAACAGAGGGAAGCAGAAAGGAAUGUUGCAAAGGAAGCCUUUGAGAAGGCGAGGUCCAACCUGCGACGAAGCUUGUGAGUGUGUUGAUUUAAAUUUGGUUGUAUACUCUCUCUCUCUCUCUCUCUGACUUUAGGUAUGCCCAUGCCCUUUAAUUAUGUGUCUAAUGAUAAAGACUUGUUCCUUUAUUUAUGGUUGCACCUCUUAUUUAUCUUGAGCUCUUUUAAUCUGGUUUUUAUGGUGAGCAGUGACUUUCAAUUCCCUUGUUAACAAGGUUUGUAAGGUGUACUUAGUUAACAUCUCAAACUUUCUCCAAUUGGAGCCAGUGGCUAUGUUUCUAUUAGGAUUUGUCAAGGGCAAUGAAAAGGGUGAGCAUUAUGGCCA